AUGACUAUCUCUAGCGACAAUCACCCUGCUCGUCCAUUCCACGAAUUUGGUAUCGAAGAAACUAUCUCGAAGCUGACCGACGAGGAGAAGGUCUUGAUCUUGUCGGGUAGGGAUAUGUGGCACACAGCACCUAUCACCAGAAUCGGCAUUCCAGCUCUUAGAGUCUCUGAUGGACCUAAUGGCGUUCGUGGCACGAAAUUCUUCGAAGGUGUUCCUGCGUCCUGCUUCCCCGCCGCAACAGGUCUUGGCGCGUCCUGGGAUCGUAAAUUCCUUUACCUUGUCGGUAGAGCAUUAGGUGUUGAGUCAAAAUCGAAGGGAGUGCACGUCUUAUUAGCACCAACGAUUAAUAUACAACGUUCUCCACUUGGAGGAAGGGGAUUCGAAAGUUACAGCGAGGAUCCGUUUUUGAGCGGAUCACUUGCACGCGCGUACAUUGAAGGCGUGCAAAGCGAAGGCAUUGCGGCGACUGUCAAGCACUAUGUUGCAAAUGAGCAAGAAUUUGAGCGAAUGACCAUGUCCUCCGACAUGUCUAUGAGGACACUCCGGGAAAUAUAUCUUCGCGCAUUUGAGCUCGUAAUCAGGGCACCAAAUCCUCCGUGGGCAAUAAUGACGGGUUACAAUCGUGUUAACGGUGUCUAUUGCUGUGACAACUUAUUCUUAAUCUCAACCGUGCUCCGUGGGGAAUGGGGUUUCAAAGGACUCGUGAUGAGUGAUUGGUACGGGACAUACUCUAUCGCGGAAUCGAUUCGAGCUGGAUUAGAUUUAGAGAUGCCCGGUCCGGCUCGUGUCCGAGGCGCCGCCUUGGCUACAGCCCUUCGUGAUGGAAAGGUUUCCCAGAAAGACAUAGAUGACAGAGUCCGUAACGUGCUCAAUCUGAUUAACAACGUCCAGCCAAGUGGUGUCCCAGAGGACGCUCCAGAGAAGUCGAACGACGAUCCAGAUGCGAAGAAACUUCUUCGAGAAGCAGCUUCCUCCGCAAUCGUUUUGCUCAAAAACGAGGUCAAUCUUCUUCCAUUAGACCCGUCCGUCAUCAAAUCCAUUAGUGUCAUUGGUCCGAACGCAAAGAGCGCGGCUAUUUCUGGCGGGGGUUCUGCAGCUCUUCGUCCAUCGUACACUGUAACACCGUUUGAUGCCAUUGCUGAAGCCGCAAAAGAGCUCGGCAUCAAUGAAGUGAAGUACGCUCGCGGAGGAAACGCCCACAAUUAUGCACCAAUUCCGGGCCCCGAGCUCAGGGCAGCAGACGGCACGGUCGGAGUGGAUCUCACUUUUUACAAUGAAAAUCCCUUGGAAAAUCGACAGGCCGAGCCAGUAUUUCAUAUGGUCGCAACUACGACCUGCAUGUUCAUGGCUGACAACCUUCCCCAUCACAUUAUCAACCCACACUGUUGGUUAGAAGCCAGAGGGAAAUUUACACCCGAGGCUACGUCUGAGUACGAAUUUGGGGUUUCCGCCAGCGGCAAAGCGGACCUGUAUAUCGAUGGCAGGAGGGUAGUUGAUAAUUCGGCCAACCCCAAGCCUGGAGACACGUUCUUUGGCACUGGCUCCAAGGAGCAAUUGGGAAGGAUCAAACUUGAGGCUGGCCGAAGCUACGAUCUUCUUGUUCGGUAUACAUAUGACCCUACCAGUACAGAGAUCUCGGCCCCGACUAGCAGAGGCGGCCUCCGAUUCGGAGUUUCCCAGAUUAGACCUACGGAAGAAUUCAUUGGUGAGGCAGUUGCAGUCGCAAAGCAAGUCGAUGCCGUUGUCCUAGUCAUUGGUUUGAACUCUGACGAAUUGGCGGCUGCUGUGUUGACUGCCAAUGAGAACACUGUUGUUGUUGUCCAGUCCGGAACCCCAGUAGAGAUGCCAUGGGUUGACAAAGCUACCAGUUUGUUGCAGGCUUUUUACGGCGGGAAUGAAGCUGGGCGUGGAAUUUCCGACGUGUUAUUCGGCAAGGUGAACCCUUCUGGCCGGCUUCCGCUCUCCUUCCCUAUUCGGGUGGAAGAUAAUCCAUCAUACCCCAAUUUUGGCGGAGAGAAUGGACAUGUGUAUUAUGGCGAAGAUGUUUUUGUUGGUUAUAGGCACUAUGAAGCUGUAGAGAAAAAGGUCCUGUUCCCUUUUGGGUUUGGGAAAAGCUACACUACCUUCGGCUACUCUGAUGUCUCGGUGUCUUCCACCAAGUUUGGUCCAGAAGAUACUGUCACUGUUUCAGUUAAAGUGACCAAUACUGGCAAUCGAGGUGGUCGUGAAGUUGUCCAAGUUUACGUCCAUGAUGUUGUGUCAACGCUACAGCGACCACCAAAGGAACUCAAGGGCUUUGCGAAGACAGCAGUUCUUCAGCCUGGAGAAUCCGAAGACGUUUCCAUAGUGUUAGAUCACCUCGCCUUUGGGUUUUUUAAGGAUCACGAGCAGGUCAACCGCUGGGUCGCCGAGAAGGGGGAAUUCGAAGUCUUUGUUGGAUCCACUCUCAAGGACAUCCGAGCGUCGUUCAGUUUGGAACUUACGGAGACGUUUUUUUGGGUCUGA